AUGUCCCGACUAAAGCGUCGCCAACACCUGCAAGACAUCCGGCUUCAAGUUAGCGAUAGUUGUUGUUUCAUUCAAAAAACGGCGGCGUCGGUUGCUAGACACGUGUGACAUCAUCAGAAAACCUUGUAAAACUUUGUUUAACACGGGUUUGAGCAGCGCUGGCAGCAAACAGGAAGUGAGUCCAGCUGCGAGUCGGAUCUCCCGUCUGUAAACACGACGGCGCUGCGAUAAACAGUUACUUCUGAUUAAUUGAAGCCUCGGGGGGGAAACACACACGCAGACAGUGAUCAACGGUUUCCAUGUGUUGGAGGUUCUUCCGGGGCGACUACACGGUGGAGGUGGCCAUCAACGACUACCUGGACAUCUACUGUCCGCACUACGAGGUGGCGGAGCCCGCCGAGCGCAUGGAGCACUACGUGUUGUACAUGGUGAACUACGACGGCUACACGAGCUGCGACCACCACAGGAAGGGCUUCAAACGCUGGGAGUGCAACCGGCCCCAGAGCCCCAACGGGCCCCUCAAGUUCUCCGAGAAGUUCCAGCUCUUCACGCCCUUCAGCCUGGGCUUCGAGUUCAGGCCCGGACACGAGUACUACUACAUCUCGUCUCCACAUCCAAACCUGGCUGGGAAACCCUGUCUGAAGCUCAAAAUCUACGUCAAGCCAACCAGUGAGUCUCCUCUUCCUCUUGCUGAAACUUUGUCCUUUAAUUCUGAAGCUUCGACAUCCAAAGCACAAGUUUUAUAUUCACAUCUUUCAAGUCUCUUCAACCAGUGCAGUUGCCCUUAA